GACCACUUAAAUGACGAAAGAAAGUGAGCGCAACGUUGCUACGAUUCUGGCUGUACGAUUUGUACAACACCUCGACAGUGCUGCCCGCGACCAACUCGCCUCCACACUCGUUUUCCGCGUUGAGCGCCUUUAUUUAGAACGCAAGAGUUCUAUAUUCAAAUUUAAAAAUGUUAUAAGAAACCUUUUUCAAUUAAAAUUAAAGGAAAAAAGAAAUAGGGUUUAAGUGAUACUAAAACUCUUUUAUGACAUCAAUCAUGGAUUUACUAUCAGAAGGAGAUUCCGAAGUGCGAGUGUUAAGCGCUCGCCAUAUAAGUGAUAAAACUUUUACUGAAACAAACAAUGCGAUCAAUGCGACGACGCUUCUAUGUCAAAACUACAGUUUGCAACCCGAUUUCGUGACGUACUUCGCAGCUCUACAGAAAUACGCUAUAGGACUAUGGGUGUCUGGGUUCAUCAUUCUGCUUACCAUAUGUGUCCUAUACGGGAUAACUAUGCGUUCAGUGUGGAGGCACUCCCGGAGCUCUGCGUCCUACACUGCAGUAGUGUUGUCAGUAUAUCCCGUGGUAGCGUUGUCGGCGUACAUAGCGACAAUAGUGCCUCGCGCUAUGCUGGUGUGCGAGGCGGUAGCUCAGCAGGUGGUCGUGGUGGCGCUGUACAAUUUCUUCUGCAUGAUCAUCGCAGAAGGCGGCGGCGUCGACAGACUUGUCUCACGGACCCCUGAUUGCCAUCUGGAGACGAGAGUUCUGCCAUGUUGUUGUUGGCCCUGCUGCGUCAUUCCAAGACCACGGCUGCAAACACGAAACCUACUGCGUAUACGGUACUUGGUACUGCAGAUGCCUUUCAUUCAAGCCAUCAUAUACAUAUCUGUGCUGAUAAUAUGGGCUGAGGAUAUGAAUCUGUACAUACGCAGCUUCCCGUAUUUCCAGCCGUUUGUGGCGGCUUCCAUACUUACUGGUCUUUGGGGCGUGAUGAUGUGCGUCCGCGCAGCCGAAGCGGGCGGCGCGCGACCUCGGCCCCGUCUGUUAGCGCUGCAGCUGGUGUUGUUCAUAGUGAAGCUGCAGUACGGCGCGGUUAGAGCCCUGCCCACCAUGGUUCGCAUGCCGUGCGUUAUGGCACUGCAUCCGGCCGUGUUUGUCAACCUGUUGCAGAACAGCACCACAUUAGUGGAGAUGCUUCUGCUAUCAGUUCUGGCAUGGCGAUUGUACAGUGCACCAUCUACGAAGGCAGUUGAUAAAGUCCAUCACGCUGUCAUAGCUACAGUUGAAGACAAUAGUUUGGACUUUAAACCGUUGGGAAUCGAUACGAAAUCAUAAAAUUUUUACGCUGUUAUAGCUAAGGUUGAAGACAAUAGUUUGAACUUCAAACAAUUGGGAAUUAAUGCGAAUUCAUACAAAAAUCACGCUGUCAUAGCUAAUGUUGAAGACAAGUCUGGACUCCAAAAUAUUGAGAAUCGAUUCGUUGAAUCAAAAAGAAAUUAAGAGUGAUAAAUAUGUAAAGUGUUUUAGGCUAGUCGUUUCGUAUUAACCUGAUAUUGUGUAUAUAUGGUUAAAUGUUGAGCAAGCAAAGAAAUUUGUGGUUUAUCUAAUAGUUCAUAGCUUUAAGAGUUAUUUCUAAUUUUCAAGAUUGAGCUGAAACGUUUACCAAGUUAACAACUUUUUGAAUGGAUUUCCCGAUUCGGAAUAAAAUAUUCAUAGCUUAUUUGGAAUGUUAUAGUACAGUUAAAUCUUUAUAAUAAUUCGUUUUAUAAAAAGUUAUUCAAUAAAGUAUCAAUCUAUUUAGUACUUUUGGAAAUUACUAUUAUUUAAGUCUAGUCUUAACUCUUAAACAUGCUUAUAAAUAAACUCUACUGUUGGUGCUCGAUUUAGUAUAGUUUUAGACUGGUGUGAGAUCAGUAGCACCUAUGUUUAAGUCUGAUUUGUUAUGUGGAAAAUGAAUGUUAAUCUUUAGUUUCACACUAACGGCUGCACUCAGCGCAGUCAAUAAACUUUUAAAGUUGUCUAAAAUAGAUGCUGUUACUAUCUUCGCGAUAACAAUAGAAAAAGAUAACACGUUACUUAAUGAAGCACUAUAAUUUUUUGACGUUUCUGUGUACGGCUAAAAGAAGUAUUAGGUAAUUGAUGAAAUGCAAGAACUGCUGACAGCUAUGAUAUUAAAAUAGUUAAAUGUAAAAAAAUAUCAAAUUUUUAUGCAAAGGAGACCUGUCAUAUUGGUACGGAGAUUGGUCCAAGAACCAAUACCGAAACCGUUGUGGUAUUCAUUAGGAAUACCUAGUGCCUCAACUAUACUUAGAUAGGAACGGGUAUCAAAAUUUUACCCGGUAGUUUCGAGAAAAAUUACUUUUUACACAUGUUUUACUGCAGUCUACUUUCUAUUAAAGGGAUAAAAACAAAUAUUUUUCUUAAAUGGAUUUAUAAAUGUAUUCUUUGAUUUUUACUAUAAAAAAAUGGAUAUGUACUUUAUUGUAAACCAUGACGUAUAAUGCGAUUCAAAUAAGAAUAGGAAAGCCAAUGACCUCCAUCUGCCAAAUGUCGCUUGAAAAGUACGGCUUGCAAAAAAAUCUUGGAACCCUUUUUUAGCACUCGGCUAAUUAUGGAAUAAAAACCAAACAUUUGUAAACAAACAAUAACAAAUAUUGUUAAUUAAUGUUGGUUGAUAUUUUAUUUUCAUUUAUUGAGCUUUGGCUAUGAAUGUUUGAUUAUCUAAAUCGUCAACCAAAUGUCACUUUAAGUUGCGUUCAGAAACUCGAUUUAAAACUUCGUUUUACAUAUAGGAUGCAUGUUCGAAUGUGACCUAGUAAUAGUGCAUGAUUAUUCAUAACAACUCCGGCGGUAAUGCAGAGAUGAGCGGAAUUGAAGAGCUUAAUUCUGAUUAAUGUUUUUUCUCGCAGUCUUAACAAAUAAAUAUUAUUAAAAAUCGGUUAUUUUCUUUACUCAAUUUUAGUAAAUAUUUUUUAUUAAAAAUCGGAUGUUUUUUCUCACUUAAUCUUAGUAAAUAACGUUUAUUAAAUAAAAACUUUUUGGCUCACUCUACCUUUUUCGUUUGAAUUGACAGCUAUGGCGUCACAAUAUGGCGCCCCGACGAUCCUAUUCUUAGUUGAAUCGCAUUAUAUGGACAUUAUGUAGCUAACGAUCUUGAUGUACCUGACUUUGUUAUUAUGUAAAAUAAAACAAUGAAUGAAUUGAGAUAUUUUUUAUUAUUGUUAUUGGCAAAGUGCCAAUACCUUUUGAGAUAGUCAAAAAUAUAAGUACUUUACAUUUGGUCUUCCUAAAAUUUCUUUAAAUUAAGGUUUCGCAAGGUCAUUCGCAUGCGCGUAGAAAAGGAACUAAUUAACCUAGUUAGAAGCUAUUUCUUGUUAUAAUCUUCCAUCUUCGUUAUUAUAAGUUUAAUGACCUUACGGUCUUACACAGUAAUAAAACAGAAAAAAGUCUAAGAUGAGAGAUACUGGCACUUUACUGUAGAUACAAAAUGCACUUAUAUUACCACUAUAAGUUCGAUUACAGACAUUUAGACAUAAACCAAACACAAAUUCAUAAUUUUAGAUUCUUGCCGAAAAUUUUUAAUUAUCGUUUUAUUAUUCAAUCGAAGAUUCUUCGUCAUCAUUUUUGUCUUCACUGUCGUCGGAUGGGGUGCCAGCUCUUGAAUUUUCAGAACCAUAAAUAUUAUGAAGCUCUUCCAAUUUGUAAUGGAUUUUCACUCCUUUCGAUGUUGUUUUAUUAACCUUUUUUACUAAUGAUUUAGUUUGCUCUUCUAACCGUUUUAAACGCAAGUCUCUAGCAGCAAACCUUGCCUCAUGAUCAAUGUCACUCGAUGUUGAGGGUUCUGUUUCAUCUCUACUCAAACUAUCUUUCGAAUCUUCAUCUUCUGAUUUGUAUUCAGAAUUUGUAUUGUCAUUAUGCGGCAUAGUUAAUUUUUUAUUCAGAUUUUCACCUGUUUGGACGGUAUUACUCGAACUAUCUUUCGAAUCUUCAUCUUCUGAUUUGUAUUCAGAAUUUGUAUUAGCAUUAUGCAACGUAGUUAAUUUUUGAUUUAGAUUUUCACCUGUUUGAAGGGUAUUCUUUAAACAAUUCAAUACUUCAGAACAACCAGUUUCUAAUUUUUGAAACCGUUCAUCUUUCUUACCGAGUCUUUCGUCUUGUUUUUUAAUACUUUCUAAAAUAGCCGUGAAAUCUUGAACAUUAUAAUCUUUACCUGUUGUAGGGGAAUCCGAUCGUUCAUCAGGAGAUUCACAUGUUUUGUUAGUUACAUCAGUAGUUAUGUCCGAUUCCCUUGUCGUACUUAUCUCACUGUUUUCGUAUAUUUCGUCAACAGUAACUGCAUCACUUUUGCAUUUUAUUUCGAUACACUCAUUAGAUAUAUCAGAUUCAGUAAAAUUUGUAUCAGUUACGUUUGUAUUUUCUCUACUCGUUGUAGGAUGAUUCAAAAUAUGGUCCAAAGUUUCAUCAAUUUCCUGGCUUAAUUUGACAGUAUGGUUAAGUUUGUGUAACAAAGUUGAACUGUUUUUCUCCAAUUUAUCAAGUUUUUCGUCUUUUUUUGACAGUCUUUCAUUUUGCAGUCUUACAUUUUUCAAAAUUUCUUGAGGAUCAAUCAAGUUAUUAGAUGUUGAAGAUGAUAUUUGUGAUGCUGUAUUACUUGGGUCUGAAUUUUCAUCAUUUGAUAAUACAGAACUAAUUGCUGUAUUAUUGACUAUGUUUGUUUCUUCGAUUAAGUGAUCACCAUUAAUAUCACAAAUUUCGUCUUCGGUUUCUUCACAAACUAAGUCAUUUCUUGAGUUAUUUUCACUAUGACUAUCGUCAUGCGUAUCUAAGGGUAAAUCUGCAACAUCUAUCAUAUCACUAGCAGGAUCUUCUCUUUCUGCUACCAAAUUGAAAUCAGCACUUGAGUCUACGAUAGUUUCAAAAGACUUUUUUAAUUUUUUCUUGCAUCUAAUCGGUGAUUCAGUGACAUACUCACUCUCAUCAUUUGAUUCGGAAGACUCAUCUGAAGCUCUCUCGUCGCUGUAACCACUUUCAGCUGAAUUAUUAAAUGACGGAGAUCCUAACUUGGCUUUUCGACUUGUAAAUUCAGCUCUUAAUGUUUUCCAGUCCCUUUCAGAUUGAGAGUUCUUUUCUCUGGCUUGUUCCCAUUUUUCUCUGCAAUACUCUAAUUCUUCUUUUAGUUCAUUCAGUAAUUUUCUCUUUUGUUGCAAUUCAUAUUUCAGUAUCUUUUCAUGGGUAUGUAAUUGAUGAUGAUGUCUGCGUAAUCUACCGACAACGUGCCAUGUUUUGCUUAAUUCUGUGGUAACUAGGCACAAACGUCGCUCUUGUUCUUCUAAACGGGUUUCAAGAUGUGAAUUUAGUUGUUUCAUGCGGUUGACUUCUUUGAUAAGAGUAAGUUUUUCCACAAUCAAAUCCUGGAAAAAUAAUAAUGAAGUACCAUAAAAAACAUAUUAACUUAGAUUUGUUGGUACGCACGCAUGACUUUGUUGUUCUUUUUCUAUGAUCCUUUGUUCUUUUUUUCUUUCGACAAACUAAAUUGGCUCAGGGCCAAAAAAUGCUAGUGAUGUGGUUUUAACGUGCAAUUGAAAAUACUCAUGAAAUUUUUAUUUUUAAAUGUGAGUCACAAUUUAUUAGCAUACCGAUUUGUAUACGAACGGUUUCGAGAUUUGAAACAAACUAAACAAUGACUUACCUUUAAUCUGAUAUAAGUCUGACUAACACUUGGCACUAGAACUGGCCCGGAAUUGGUCUCUACUGAUUUAUAGCAAGUGGUAACUUUCUCUGAAGUGCAAUUUUCUUCUACAUUUUGAUGGCUGAGCAGUUCCAUUAGUACCCUCCAAACUUUAGGGAGUUUCUGAACUAUUUCCUCAGGGGUAGUUGCAGACGUACAGUUUAUCUUAUCUGAAAAUAAACAGGGGAAUUUUUUACUACGUAAACACCAAAUAAUUAAAAUAAUCCUUAGGUUUUAAAUAUAUAUAAUAUUCAUUCAUAUCUGAAUAAUAUUUCUAUGUAAGGAGUAAAAAUCGAGCGAGCCUUACAGUAGUCGCGUAUGACGUGUAACAUUUGAAACCUCAUCUUGUAUAAGUAAAAAAAAAAAACCUACUACAAAAGUGACUUCCUGUUACACACUUCCGUCCCAUUUCACGAAAUAACUCCCGCAAAUUGCAGGAAAGCCAGAGGAAAGAUGUUACUCAUCAAAAAUAUAUAAAAUUAAAGUAUUCGUAUAAAUAAAUGGUUAUGGCGGCAAUAAACAUACCAAAUACACAUUACCUGAGUUUUGGAUAUCUUGAUUUUGUUCCGAUGAUGUUUCACUUUUCUCUUCAGUGGACUCCUCCUUCUUUUCUUCUUCUCCCUCCUCUACUUGGUUUACAAUUUCUAGAAGCAGCUUUGGCAAAGCCGUCGAUGCUUCUGAGUCAUUUUCCCGCUCAGCCAUUUGUGUGAGAAUACCGUGAUUUUCUUCAAGACGAUGAACUAAUUUGUCUAAAUCGUUUUUGGUCUUAUAGCCUAGAAGCACUUCAGAAAAUAGCUGCAAUUAAAAGAAAACGUUUAUUUUUUGAAAACCACUGAUUGGAAUUUUAUUCAAACAAAAUAUAUAAAUGCAUUUUCCUACCUUGUUAACGACAGUCAUUUCGGCCUUUAAGCCUACUGAUACGUCUUGACAUGUGCUAAUCUCACUAUUUUUAUUUUCAAUGGUUUCAAUCAGUGUAUCAACUUUGCCUUCUAAUUCAUUUACUUUAUCUGUUAAUUUCUUUGACCUGUAAUAUUCAUUAGAUUUUUAUUAUAUGUUUUUUCAUUUAUUUGAUAAUAUGUAUAAACAAAAUACAGUAAUUAAUAAUAAAAGUACCAUAAAAACCCACAUUGGGUUUGUCCUGAUACUGAGUCACUUAAGCCGUCAAUACAUAGUUUGGUAUUCGUAAUUUAUAAUAAUAUACUUUGCCAGUUCUCGGUUGAUUAUAAUUAAUAUAGCAUGAGACAUUAAGUAUUCAGAAAUACUCGAAAGCCAAAAUAAAUCAUGGAAUUACACUGUUACUUCUUAUUUAUAUCUUAUUAAGAAUAAUAAAGUAUUUCAAAGAUCUCAUGACCUAAUAAAAAUAAUAAAAGCUUACUUAUUGACUUCAGCUUGAUACAGAAGUUUUUGUUCUUCAAGUUCGCGUACUAAACUUUGCCUCGUAACUUCCGCUAGACGAGCUCUCUCCUCGUAUAAACCACGAAGAGUCCGUAUGUUUUGUAGUUGCCGCUCAUAUUCCUGUCUCAAGUCAGUAGAUAACAUACUGGCUUCUCUAUCAGCAAGUGACUUUUCAAUUUCAUUCAAUUUAUUCUUUAACU